UGGAGGCAUUUUAUGAAUAACACAAAUAGCAACAAUGUUUUAGUCCAGUUCAGUGAUUAAAGUUUCUCCUGCUCGUGUGUAUCCAUCUCAGGGUUUCCAGGCUCUCGCCAUGUGGCAGAAAUUACAAUUAUUCUACAAAGGAAUUCUGCAAAAUGGAGACUAUAGGACGGACGGUUGGCUGCUGGUCUACUCUCCUGUGCCGAUCAGCCUUAUCUUCCUGUGCUACCUGCUCAUUAUAUGGGUGGGACCAAAGCUGAUGAGGAAGAGGCAGCCGGUCAACCUUAAACCCGUCCUGAUAGUUUACAACUUUGCCAUGGUCUGCCUGUCUGCAUACAUGUUCUAUGAGCUUUUGUCUUCCCAGUUUACAGCCUCUGCCUGGUUGUCCAGAUACAGUCUGCUGUGCCAGCCGGUCGACUACAGCGAAAGCCCACUCGCCAUGAGGAUGGCCAGAGUGUGCUGGUGGUUCUACUUCUCCAAAGUUAUAGAGCUCAAUGACACCAUAUUUUUCAUCCUGAGGAAGAAGAACGGUCAGCUGACCUUCCUCCACAUCUACCAUCACGGCACCAUGAUCUUCAACUGGUGGGCCGGGGUUAAAUAUGUGGCUGGUGGCCAGUCUUUCCUGACUGGUCUGAUCAACUCCCUGGUCCAUGUAGUGAUGUAUAUGUACUACGGCCUGUCAGCUCUGGGACCAAGCAUGUCCAAAUACCUCUGGUGGAAGCGCUACCUCACCUCCCUGCAGCUGCUCCAGUUUGUCAUAGUAACCAUCCACACCACCUUCAACAUGUUUGUCGACUGUGACUUCCCUAACUCCAUGAACAUGGUCGUGUUCGCCUACUCUCUGAGCCUCAUCGUUCUCUUCAGUAACUUCUACUACCAGAACUACCUCGCCAAGACGAAGGCCAAGAAGACAAAGAGAGAGAGAAGACAGAAAGCGAGAGAGAUGGAGAUGAAGAAAGAGAGCUGACAUGAAGCAAGUUGGAAACAGGAAGGUGGUACGAAAAAGGGGAAAGAGGAGAGAUGACAUAAUGUAAAAAAAUAUUUCUACUUGUUUGUUAUGUUAAGGACUUGAUUUCUUAUAUGUGCAAAAUACAUUACCAUAUGUAUGAAAAC